CUGACCCUGAUAUCGACUUGCGUGGGUGGUGUUGAACGCAGCUCCCUCCCCAACCCAACCACUGAAACCACCAGCCACGACCACGUCUUCUCCUCUACAUAAUGCACGUGCAGGUGCGAGCACAAUCCAGUUCCCUCACCACUCGACCAGAGGAGCAGAGCUGUGGUGCUCGAGUUACUGCCAGGAGCCCAGGAGAACUGUGGUAGUGAUCACCGGCGAUAUGGCGGCUGCGGCUGGGGAUGGGACGAGGAGGAAGACAGCGUGCGUCACCGGAGGGAGCGGCUAUAUCGCGUCGGCGCUGGUCAAGAUGCUGCUGGAGAAGGGGUACGCCGUGAAGACGACGGUCAGGAACCCCGAUGACGGGGAGAAGAACGCGCAUCUCAAGACCCUGGCGGCGCUCGGCCCCCUGGAGGUCUUCCGCGCCGACCUCAACGAAGAGGGCAGCUUCGACGACGCCGUCGCCGGCUGCGACUACGCCUUCCUCGUCGCCGCUCCGGUGGCCCUCAUGCCAAAGAACCCCGAGGAAGAAGUGAUCCAGCCGGCGAUUCAAGGAACCCUGAACGUGAUGAGGUCGUGCGUGAAGGCCGGGACGGUGAAGCGCGUGGUCCUCACAUCGUCCACGGCGGCGAUCUCCAGCCGGCCGCUGGAAGGCGACGGCCACGUCCUGGACGAGGACUCCUGGUCCGACGUCGAGUACCUCAGGGCAACCAAGAGCGGUACCUGGGCGUACCCUGCCUCGAAGGUGCUCGCGGAGAAGGCGGCGAUGGCGUUCGCGGAGGAGAAGGGCCUCAGCCUGGUCACCGUGUGCCCCGUGGUCGUCGUCGGCGGGGCCCCGGCCACCAAGGUCAAGACCAGCGUGCCCGAAGUCCUCUCCUUGCUCUCCGGCGACGACGACAUGGUCGACAACCUGGAGCUGAUCGAGAAGGCGUCGGGGUCGAUCCCGCUGGUCCACAUCGACGACGUGUGCCGCGCCGAGAUAUUCGCCGCCGAGGAGGCCACGUCGGGGCGGUACAUCGUCUGCACCCUCAACACCACCGCCGUGGCGCUCGCCCACUUCCUGGCGGCCAAGUACCCGCAGUACGAGAUCAACGACGACCGCAUUGGUCAUCUUCCGGAGAAGCCGAGGGUGAGCAUCUGGUCGGACAAGCUCGUCAAGGAGGGGUUCGAGUACAAGUACAAGAACCUGGACGAGAUAUACGACGACCUCGUCGUGUACGGCAGGACCCUGGGACUCCUUAAACUUCCGAAGGAGCCCAUGGUCAGCGACUGGCCUGACAAGCUCAUCAAGGAGGGGUUCGAGUACAAGUACAAGAAUCUGGAUGAGAUAUACAACGAUCGGCCGGCGGCGAUGUCGGCGGGUCAGAGAAGGAAGACGGCGUGCGUCACCGGAGGGAGCGGCUACAUCGCCUCAGCGCUCAUCAAGCUGCUCCUUCAGAAAGGCUACGCUGUCAAGACGACCGUCCGAGACCCCGAUGACACGGAGAAGAAUUCCCAUCUCAUGGCCUUGCAAGCGCUUGGCCCCUUGGACAUCAUCCGUGCCGAUCUGAGUGAGGAAGGCAGCUUCGACCAAGCUUUUUCUGCCUGCGACUACGUCUUCCUCGUCGCCGCUCCUCUGAACCUGAUGUCGGGAGAUCCUGAGAGAGAUCAGGUAGAAGCAACUGUUCAAGGAACGCUCAACGCCAUGAGGUCGUGCGCGAGGGCAGGGACGGUGAAGCGCGUGAUCCUGACGUCGUCGACCGCCGGGGUGUCCAGGAGGCCGCUGCAGGGCGACGGCCACGUGCUGGACGAGAGCUCCUGGUCCGACGUCGAGUACCUCAGGGCCAACAAGCCACCAACCUGGGGGUACUCGGUGUCCAAGGUGCUCGCUGAGAAGGCGGCGAGCGAAUUCGCGGAGGAGAACUGCAUCGACCUCGUCACCGUGUUGCCCGUGUCCACCUUGGGCGCCGCGCCGGUCUCCAAAGCAGCGUCCAGCGUUCCCGUCACCCUCUCCUUGUUGUCCGGUGACGAGGCGCAGUUGGCCAUCUUGGAAGGCUUGCAGUCCGUCACCGGCACCGUGUCGAUAGCCCACGUGGAGGAUCUCUGUCGCGCUGAGGUGUUCGUCGCCGAGGACGAGUGCUCAUCUGGGAGGUACAUCUGCUGCAGCCACAACGCCACCGUCCUACAACUCGCUCGUCUCAUGGCACAGAAAUACCCACGAUACAAUGUGAAUGCCGAUCGAUUUCGCGGGUGCCCUGAGCAACCAAAAGUGUGCCUCUCAUCUCAGAAGCUCGUCGGGGAAGGGUUUGUGUUCAGGUACCAGAGCCUAGGUGAGAUUUUUGAUGACCUUGUUGAGUACGGCAGGGCCACUGGGAUUUUACUCCACUGAUAUGUUUGUCAGCAGCGGACCUAUAUGUGAUCACAACAAACAAUGUGCUUUCAAAUAAGUAAAGUCUCACGACUGUUUUUGUGCGUGUGUAAAUUUGUAGCCUUUUUUCCCCUAGUUUCUUCUCUCCGACGAGUGCAAGUUUGCAUCAAACCAUUGAAAAGUUUGCCGAGCUCCCAGUGAAAUGAACUCGGCAAAAUAUUCA